AAAAUUGUGACAUGUCUAGUAAAGAAACAUGUCAACUUCCAUCAAUAUUUUAUUGUUAGAGGUUGAUUGAUACUAACUGAUAAUAAUAAUUGGUAUCGUAUAGUAUUUCGUUAUAAUUUUCUUAUUUCAACUGUCAUACUAUGUGUAUAGAACAAAUAUGGACAGAAACUAUUUAAAACAAGAUCCAAUGUUUGGUGUCCUAAAAAGAAGAACAUCAUUUUCAAUUAGUUCAUUUUUGACUUGUUGGAGAUUCUAGAACCAAGGAACAGUUGAGAUUAACGUUUAAAGGUCAAAUUUAUACUCUUUACAGAUAGUAUUACUUUUAAAAUAUAAAAUAAACACAAAAACAGUAGAGAUAUUCGUACCGUCCAAGUCCACGCGGAUAAAAAAUUGUGACACGAGGCCACACACAAGAAUCUCUAGUCCACACACACCCACAUGACCGACGACAUCGCCUAUAAUCCAUAUCCAUCCUAUAACUUACCUUCUUCAUUAUCCACUACGGCACUACCAACAAAAAUCCAUCUCGAUCCGAAUAUUCAGAGAUCCAUUGAAUAUUAUUCCACAAUAACUUUUUGAUACUCUACAUUAUUCCUCGGAAUUAGUUUUUCUCUAAACAAUGUUUGCAGUAGUGAUAUUUGCUGAGAUACUUGACCAGUACACGGCUGCUCUCGCCAAAGUUGUCUCCGGAAUUCUUCCCCGGCGUCCCCAUGACCGGAGUGUUAUUUACAUUGGUGGUUUCUCCUUACCUCGUCCUUCUUCUUCUCCGGUUCCGGACUUCUCUUCUUAUCUCGUUGACUUUUAAGUUCUAAUUCGUUAGAUUCUGUCUCAAUAUGUAGAUAUCUUGGUUUGUCCAAGUCUUUAUUUUUCUAUUUUUCCAUAGCUUGUAAUCUCCAAUCUAUUAAUGGUCAAUAGUCUUUGACUAA